AAACUUCAGGCCACUACUUUUAUUUUGGUCUAAAACUGUUACAACUCUGUUUUUAUAUUCGAAAUGAACGCUGAAUCGAAAAAGUUGGUGGUUUAUAGUUCAGUGGUUAAUCGUUAUCGAACCAUUUGUUAACCGUUGAUAGAAUCGCUCAUGCUCAAUAACAUAAAAGACAAAUAUAGUACACUAAUUUAGUGCUGAAUUUAUCACUAACCAUAAAUAAUUUCAAAUCCAUAGCAUCAUCACCACCGAAAGUUCUAACAAAUCAUUCAAACCACCUCACAAAAGAAAUCACAGUUUUUUAUUAUUAAAUUAGCGUUAAUAAUUAAGGUGACAAUCGAUAGUGAACCACGUAAAGUCGACAAGGAGACCGAAAAGCGAUUAAAAUUAAGCAAAAAUGAAAUUAGUAAUUCAACUUGCAUGGCCUUAGUUUACGUUUAAAAAAAAUUCCUUAACUUUUUUGUGGUUAGAAAAGUGUACCAGUCAAAUCGUGGUGGUUCAUCUGAUCCAUGUCAAACAUGAUCGACACAUCUCGAACCGUCCAAACAAAUGGAACGAACCACUAUUAUAAUUGGGUUUUGACGAUUCUACUGGCCUAACUAACCGGUAACCACCGACCCGAUUUGAUUCUUAUAAAAUCACAUAUACGUGUGUAGCCGAGCUAACCCUAAUAAUCUCGUGAAAACUGUGAGAGAUAAAGAAGGAAGGGAGAAGAAGCGCGCAGCUGGGAGCGUUAAGCAUUUUCUUCUUUCUCACACAUUCCCUCAUUCAAUUUUCCCUUUCGCAUACAAAAAAAAAAAAAAAAACUCCUCUCUGUCUCUCACCGAAUUCUUCCAAACCCGCCGUUAUAGAUAAAGAUCACAUCUUUAUAGGAUGCGUUUCCACCAAGCCGCGGCGGCUGUCUGGGACGAGCCGGGCGGCGGCGGCGGAAACAGCAGCCCGACGCCGCCGAAGCUCUCCCUGUUCUCGCUACCCGCGGGAGUGAAGGGUAGUAGUAGUAGUGUCCGCCACUGCUCUCCCGGCCCUCCGCCGUCCACGCCGCCGAUCAACCGGCUCGCCUCCGUGCCGUUCAAGUGGGAGGAGGCUCCCGGCAAGCCCCGGCCUCCUCGCCGCCUCGACCACCACCGCCACGUCACCGACGGCGAGUCGAAAGUCAUUGAUCGGUGCCUGGAGCUGCCUCCGAGGCUGGUUGUUUCGAAUCUGCCGCCGUCACCAGCGUGUUUGAGCUUGCGGCAGGGAGAAGACGAGGGAAACCCGGCGGCCCCGAGGCGGUCGAUGUCGUUUACAAGCGGGAGCGGGAGGUCGCCGCCGCCGCCGCCGACGGGUCGGGUUUUCGGGUCGAGCAGGUGGGGGAAUCUGGUGACGAAGAUGACGUCAUCGACGGCGGCGGCGCGGAACAAGAAAGAUCAACAACAAGUGGCCAACUUCGAUUCCACGGAGAUCAACAGUUACGUGGAUGAUGAUGAUCAACGGAAUGUGAAGAUGACGAGGAUGAUCAUCAGGAGGCGGCGGAGCUUGUUCAACUUGUCGGCAGCAAGCCGGCCACAGGCAUGCUUGAAUAGUAUGUACAGGAGCUUCAAGAAGAUGAUGAUGGUUCCAACUAGAAGGAGGUAAGCUGGGGAGAGUGAAGUCGUCGGGUGAGUGGAGAGAGUAUUAAUGGAGUUGGUGGCUAACGGGUCAAUAAUUCUGCAUUAUUUAUAUAUAUACGACGGCCGUACCGUAUAAAACCGUAUGUUUCUGUGUAAAAGCCGGCGAUAAUGUUGAAGUUUGAUAUUGGAUGAACUAAUGGAGUUAGUAGGUAGGGUUGACAUGAAGGUGUUUGAGUUCAGCUUUGGGAAUUUUUGGUGUACAUUUUGGUUGAUUAAAUAUAUGUACGGUAUUCAGUAUUCACCUUUCACGAUCGCUAUCUUCUUUCUCUGUAUAAUCAUGGUUAUUAUUGUAUGUACAUAUGCGUGGAAUAUGUUUUGUUUCGUUCAACAAAUUUGAACGGUAAUCACCUCGAGAUCUUCUCUGUUAAGAUAUUACGAAUUUGAUCUAUUCUGAAUCUGAUCAUUUUACCUACGAGAUAAAUAUAUUUAGGUAUC